AUGGGUUUGCGGUAUAUAGCCAUCUCUGCAGUAUGUACGGCGAUAAGCUUUGCGGGUCUCCAAUUGUGGACAGAAACUUCUCUAGUUAAACUAAAAUCAGAUGGACUAAUUGGAGAUAAUUUGAUUCCUGCGGCCAAUUUUGGACAUGUAGUUGAUCUGCUUUUGGGUUCUUACGCCACUGUUGGACUGCUGGCAAAUUUUGUACUCAAUGCAUUUGUUUUACUCGUUCUAUUUCUCAAGACUAUAUUCUUUGUGGAGUUGUAUCCUUCUGAAACUCGCAAAUUGGUCGAACGCCUUAUCAAUUAUGUUAUUUACAAGGGCACGUUUCUACCACUGGUUAUUCCUCCUACGAUAUAUCAUGCGGGCCUGUGGUCGGUCUGGUUGAUUGUUCUUUGUUCUCUAAAGAUGUUUCAAGCUUUGGCUAGAGAUCGACUUGAACGAUUGAAUGCAUCUCCUUCUGCCACACCAUUGUCAUAUUUUCGUGUGUAUUCAGUGUUAUUGUUGGUUCUCACUGUUGAUGUUUUCUGGAUAAGGCUGUGUGUGGUGAUAUAUAAAACUCUGGGUUUAUCCAUGUUUCUCUUGUUAUUAUUUGAGCCUUUCAGUAUUGCAUUUGAAACACUGCAGGCUAUUUUGGUGCAUGGAUUUCAGUUACUUGAUAUAUGGAUCCAUCAUUCAGCAUGGAACAGUGAAAAUUGCGAGAGGUCCAAAUUAUUUGAUACAUCAGCUGCCGGUUUAUUGUUGGAAUGGAAAGGCAGUCUUACUCGGAAUUUGGGCUUUGUCCUAGACAUGGCAACAUUGUUAAUGGCACUUGGUCACUAUGUGCAUAUUUGGUGGCUUCAUGGCAUGGCAUUCCAUCUAGUGGAUGCAAUCCUUUUUCUAAACAUACGUGCCUUGCUAAGUGCAAUUGUAAAACGUAUAAAAGGGUUCGUCAAACUAAGAAAAGCCUUAGGCGCUCUUCAUGCAGCACUUCCAGAUGCAACAUCUGAAGAACUACGAACAUAUGAUGAUGAAUGCGCAAUUUGUAGGGAACCUAUGGCUAAGGCUAAAAAACUACACUGUAGUCACCUUUUUCAUCUUGCGUGCUUGAGAUCUUGGUUGGACCAAGGUUUGAAUGAGAUAUAUUCAUGUCCAACUUGUCGCAAGCCACUUUUUGUAGGCAGAACUGAAAAUGAAGUACAUCCCCGCAAUGAAGAAACUUCAAGUGAUGAGCAGCUUGCUCGUCAAAUAAGUUCAGGACUUGAUCGACAAAAUAGUUCUGGACAUACAAUACCUACUGGUGCGUUCCCCAAUCAGGCUCAGAAUCUUACAGAAGGUGGUCCAUGGAGGGGUGCAGGACUGGAUUCAAAUUGGUUGCAUAAUUGGCCAAGUGAGGGAGUUGAUGGGGCAGGUCCUUCUACUGCUAUCGGAUCUGUUGGACUGGGGAGAGUUCAGAUGAUGAUGAGGCAUCUUGCAUCUGUCGGAGAAACUUAUGCCCAGACAGCCCUUGAAGAUGGUACUUGGAGCCUAUGGCCUGUGAGUCCCUCUCAGGUUGCUGCAACUGGUCCAUCUAAUCCUCCUGCUGAUGAUGGAAGAUACCAUGGAGGAGCACGGAGCUUGCAUAUUAGAACUCCCACACGUACUGUGAAUGACAACCUAGCAAACAUACUUGCUAUGGCUGAGACAGUGAGGGAAGUUCUGCCUCAUAUGCCGGAUGACCUAAUUUUCCAGGAUUUGCAGCGAACAAAUUCUGUUACGGUUACUGUGAAUAAUCUUCUCCAAAUGUGA